AUGAACACUCGUGCCAAGCAGAAACAAGGAUACAAAAGUGUUAAGGAGGUUUUUCCGAAGGAGAAUUCAAGACACGAAUUGAAAAGUGUAAAAAGUGAACAGCAAACGACUAAUAAUGCUCAGACUCCUAAAAGAAAACCGUUGAGAGGGUAUCCAGAUAAUAAUUUUUCGUCGAAUUUGCGAAAUGAUGGCUUCUAUCCUCCAAUUGAGCAUCCAAGAUUCGAAGACGAAAGUGACAAAUACGAGGAUAUGGGAAAGACGUUUACUGAUCUAAAACCGGUUUCGUACAAUGAGACGGUUGAAAAUUACAACGAGAACAUCGAAGAAGAAGAUCCUUUGAACAACUCACUUCCAGGUCACUCAAACUCAUUGAAUUCGUCAUUCAGUGUUACCAGAAGUCUCCAAGAAACGAGUAAUAUACCUGUUCCUUUUUCAGGCAACUCACUUUGCCUCCGAACUUUGAGAAACCUCUUAAACGUCUGGAGUGCUCAGUCAAUUCACUGUCACACACGAUUAAAGAAUCGAACCCAUUGGAAGUUCUGGAACACAGGGAAACUGGAUAAAUCACACAGAAUCUCUUCGAUCGAAUGCUUCUUCGAUCAGGAUUUGAAUAAAUUUUACGCCAACUAUGUAUUCGUCGGAGAGAGUGUCAUUUAUCAAUUGACUAAUAUGCUAGUGCAGCUAUUCCGAAAGAUUACACACCCGUCAUUCAAUAUCUGGAAAUACUCAUUCCAUCCAAGAAGUUGUAAAGCCGUGGAUUGGAAUUUCUUGCCCAUUCCUGAGCCUGUUCUUCGAUCCUUACAAGAAUUCUGCUUCGACAUCUGCGAAGCUUACCUUCCUGACGAGCUUCUGACUGGAAACAUCGAUUCUACAAUCAGUUUUAUGGAAAAACUUCCUCUCAUUGCUCCAGAACAAGAAGUGCUUCGAAGAAGAUCUAUCCGACAAACUGUCUUAAAAAUGACAAACAACAGCAUCUGGCAAGCAAUGCGAACAAUUCGGAAUUAUCACUUCAACAAGGUCACGGAAACUCUCGUCUCGUGUUCCGUACGAAGUGAUUGCGCCACACAUUUGAGAUGGGAGCAUUUGAAGGCUUUCCGUGAGAAAUCCCGCUCACAAGAUAUGCCAGUCGAUAGUUACACACCAGAAGAUGUCUACCAAUUUAACCUUCAAACUGUAACUAGUUUUGAAACUGACAUUGCGACAGCUGCAUCUGCUAUUGCUGGUUCCACUGCUUUGAUUGCAACGAUACGAUCAAAGAUAGAUCAGAUCAAAAGUUCGGAAACCGGAAAGAAGCUCAUCGAGUUUAAGGAGUUCGCUAAGUACUCGAAGCCAAUUGGAGAUUCUUCCGAAGUUUUGUCGAGGAUCCAGAAGGUGUUGGAACGGAAGAAGGAAUUGUUGGAUUUUGUUGAAAAGGGGAAUGUGGUUGAGGAAGCUGUUGAACAACUGCCAGUGCCUUCACAACAGUUUGAAGUCAGGAAAGAUUGGGCUGGAUUCGAUGAGUUGGGUUCACAAAUCUUAAAACAGCUGGGUAAGAUUCAAAAAUGGAUUGAUGGUUUGGUGAAGUCUGAAGAACUUGAGUCAUAUGGGUCAGCUCUCGAGAAGUUAGUUGGAUUGGGAGAUGUUGAACUGGCGAUGGAUCGGAAAUUCAUUGCUUUGGAUUCUCUUAUAGCAUUUUUGAAACUGACGUCGUUCACUGGUCAAACCGAUAAAGUUGUGAAAUUCAAGACGAUGAUAACUCCAUUAGAAUCUCUCAACCUUCAUUUCUCAAAGUUCGAUUCUUCUCUCUCAACGAUGUCUUCUACUGUUGCUGGACUUCAAACAUCUGGUGGAACCAGUGCGGUGAAGAACACAACGAUAGCUACUGGAAAAACUGGAGGUGACACCGAAACAGACUACACCAUGUUAUUUGUUAUUGUGGGUGUCGCCUUGGCUGCAAUUAUUAUUGGCGGUGUUUGUGAAGCAUACUUCAAAUGCAUCAGAUCUCGUUGUGGCAAGGGGAAACAAAAGACUCCACAGGGCAACAACAAGAAACCUCCAAAACCGGAUCCGAUCCCACCCAAACCAGAUGUUAAGAAACCAGUAAAUCGGGGACAAGGAGCAAAUAAUCAACGUCCAGUAGCUCAAAACCAAGUGGUUGCAGUUCAACCAGCUGCAGGUCAACCUAGAGACCCCGCUGAUAAUGGUCAAAGAGUACGAAGAGCCCGAGGACAACAACAAGGAGCUGAUCAAGCAGCAGCGAACGUGCAACUAGCUGGGCAACAAGCGCCUGUCGUGGACCAACAACCGGUUGUGAAUCAACAACAACAAGGGAAUCAACAGCCGGUUGUGAACCAGCAGCAACAAGGAGGGAAUGCGCGGCCACAACGACCACCACUGGUAGAAGAGUAUAUGGAGGACCAAGACGAGGAUGAUACAAUGGUUGGAGUUGCAGAAAUUGUGAACUGA